AUGAAUCAGCAUGUGGAUAAUGAUCAAGACUCUGAUAAAAACAGCUGUUUGAAAGAAAGCCAUAAUGAAGCUGUAAAUGCUCACCUGAAAGGCAACCCUGUAAUCUCAAUAGCUGACAAUGUUGUGAAUCAUUUCAGCUGUACUGUACGUAAAGCAUUUAGUAGAAAUGAGUUCAGAGCCUGUUGUUCUAAUGAGUUUAGUUAUUCUGAUGAGGCUGCUUUCUCUAAUAAAGCUGGUUGCUCUAAUGAAACCAGUUGUUCUAAUGAGGAAACAAGGCAUUUGCUAAAUAAUCGGGCUGAAACAGGAUUACAGAAACACAUAAAACAUACAGUGGCAGAUACAUGCUAUGAACAAGAUCAAAGUCAUAGAUCGAGUUCAGUCAGUCAUGAGACAGAUGAAUACAAGAACAAUAACAGUAGCCAUAACUCUCCUGAAAGUGAUGCUAGCCAUAGUGACCGGAAUGUGCGGAUCAGUUUUGCAUCUAUACAGCAGACAGAUCACGUGACAGGCAAAGAGCAUACACUUAUCAAUUUUGAUGGUUCAUCUAAAAUUGACAGCAUUUGUAAAGUCACCUCUGGCAGAUCAUUUUUUCAAGAACAAAGUGAAAACAAGUCUCUAAAACAAACAGCUGGGAAUGAUAAAACAGGUAGUGACUUGUUGCUAGGAACCUGUAAGAGGCUUGAUGUCGAUGAGGGGCUUGAUGUCGAUGAGGGGCUUGAUGUCAAAGAGGGGCUUGGUGUUGAACAUCAGGUUGUGGAGGGCAGGAAGACUUUAGCUGUCAUAUCUAGUGAAAACUUAUGCAGAGGACAUCAGGAUAACCUGUUGUCAGUGACAGAGAACAAUCCAGUGACGCAGAAUUCUACACUUAACUCAGAAGGAAUGUUCUUUAUCACUGAGUGUCAGGGUAGGUCUGUAUCAGUGACAAAUGAUCUAUUGGUGCAAACUAGUCCAAAACUAAUACCUGCAAGGUUAUUUGUGCAAGAAACUUUAUCAGCUGACAGUGAAGGAGGUAAACAAUUAUUAAAUUGCCCUAAACAGAAUCGAUUAGCAGCUAAUUUAAACAGCAGCAGGGGUUCCCCUGAGAGUCUAUGCAAGGUUGUGACAAAAUAUGUAUACAUAAACAAGUCAUUGAAAUCCAUCACUAGUAAAAAACGCUUUGGUAUUUUAUAUAGGCAAGCAUUCAGACAUUUUCAUGGUGCCAAGUUACAGAAGAAGAAGAAACAGAAAAUGUUGAAGAAAAUUUCUGAUGUGAAAGAGAAGAUCAAGAAGAAAGAAUCACCCAUUAGGACCUUGUCUAGAAAAAAGACUGAAGUUGUUUUUGUUAAUAAGGAAGAUGAUCUUCGAAAUCAAAGUAGAGAAGCUCGAAAUAAGUCCAGGGAAGACAGGAGACUUGCACGGGAGCUGAGGAAAUGUCUCAGUAAGGAUGUAAAUAAAGAGGUUGUUGAGAAUAAGAAUGGAAUAAGGAAAAGAAAGAUAGUUAGAGAGCAUGAAGUAAUAAAGACAUGUAGGAGAAAUGUAGUUUCUGUGAGAAGUAAGCAGAAACAGAAUUCCAGAAAGUUACUAAGCCUUGAAAACAAAACAACUAGUAUGCAAGCUACAGGCAGCUCAGAAAUGACCAAGAAUUUAGUCAAAAGUGAAAAUAAGAAAAGGCAACAUCUUCAGAAAAUGCAGGCAAGGGGGGUACAUAUUGCUAGCAAUGAUAUACCAUCAGAAAACAAGAAAAAGAGAAAACAGAGAAUUCAUUUAGAUAAAAAAGGCAUUGAAGUUAGAGAAGAAUUUGUAGGCAGACAUAUUCAAGAGGGUGAUAAUGAUCAUGAUAUAAGUGUAGAUGAAGCUAGUCAACAACAGAAAUUAAAGCUGCGAAACCGCAAGGAUCUGACCCUGCAGGAGAAAUUGCAAGCCAUUAUGGCUUUAGAUGUGCCAGGUUCCAAAUUUAUAACUGUAGCAAAAAGAUUUGGUGUGUCUGUGUCAGCCAUUAGCCGUAUAAACAAAAACAGGGACCUCAUCAUGCUGCAGGCAGUCAGUGGAGACUUGAAUCGAACCCAAAGACGAUCUCGUGAAUGCAAAGAUCCUGAACUUGACAAAGGGCUGUUGAGAUGGUACCGCACCAUUGAGCAACUGUCUUCCAACAAUGGCCCAGUAGCUAUUUCCAAUGUUUUAUUAAAAGAAAAAGCACACGAACUUGCUCUGACCAUGGGAAAGAACUACUUUCCUUCAGACAAUUGGAUAAUACGCUGGAAGAACAGGCACAACAUUGGGGUAAAAUCCAGCAGCACACCUACCAUCAUUGACAGGGAGGAGUUGAGGCAGCUCGAUGUUCAGGUUGACCUGACUAAUGUGCUGCAGGACAUUGGGAAGCCAGAUCUCAGGGUGGGUCUCAUGAAGCAUGAAAGUCUGACUGAGCCAGCAAAGAAAGCUGAUGACCUGUUCAUUUGUGAGCACUGUGGUGUUUUGACAAGCACCAAGAAAAAGAAGGGGAGCAAUCAUCUACCUGGGUGUCCGGCAAUAUCUGUGAGAAAGGAUUUGACCCUAGAGGAGAAGGUCCAAGUGGUUCAGGCCCUAGAGCAACCUGGGGUCAAGAUGGUAACACUGGCAAAAAAGUAUGGUGUUUCUGCCUCGGCAAUCAGCAGAAUUCAUAAAAAACGGCUGGAUAUUUUAGCCCGCCGAGCAAGUGGUUUGGCCAAUUCUGCUCGGAGAAGAGACCGAGGCAGCAAGGAACCAGAGGUGGAAAAACUUCUUUGUGAGUGGUUUAAAGUUCAGCUUCAGCUGGGCAUUCAUAUAUCAGGGUCUAUGAUUAGAGAGAAGGCCAGAGACAUUGCCAAAGUCCUGGGCAAAGAUUUCUGGCCGUCAGAGAGUUGGGUUUUCCGCUGGAGACACAGAAAUAAUGUUACAGAUAUCAACACUUUCUUGUAUGGAGAUGGUGAUGAAGGUGAAUUAGGUGGUUUGGGAAGAAAUACUGACAGUGCUGAAGGUAUGACCUUGUCAAACUCCAAUCAAGAAGUCCCAAAAGAUAAAAGGGGACAAGGUGAGAGGGAAGAUGCUUCUCAUGUGAUGUCCCAGUUGACUGCAAAAAAGGAAGCAGCCUCUGUAAAUGUAUCACCUUCAGUAAAGCAGUUUCGACUUCCUCUGUCAGUCAUGUGUGAGAAGUGUGGCUAUGUGUCGUACAGAGUCAAGAACAAUCGUAUAAAAAGCCUUCGCCAUGCCAAAGGUUGUCCUGACCUGAAGCAAAGAAAUGAACAUACCUAUGAAAACAGAGCACGGAUGUUGAAAGCAUUAGACGAACCCGGAGCUACUCUAAGUUCUGUUGCUCGACAGUUUGGCGUAUCAGUUUCUUCAAUGUCCAGGAUGAACCAGAAGAAAGACCAGAUAUUUUUACACUCUGAAGACCAUGCCACUCAGAAAAGGAUUCGAGACUGUAAGGAACCUGAGGUGGCCUAUACUUUGUACCAGUGGUACAUGCAGAAGAAAGUCGCCGGCAUCCAUGUGACAGGUCCCAAGCUGAAGGAGAAAGCCAAGAGAAUUGCAGCUGACUUUGGCAGAGAGUUUAAUGCUUCCAGCGGCUGGCUGGGCAGAUGGAGACACAGGUACAACAUCAGUAGCAGUGUGAGAAGUGUGGAUUAUUUACCCAAAAAUGCUAUGAAGAAAAAGAAAAUAAGAGACGGUGAAGGUAAAAUGGAAAAUUCUUCUGAGGAUCUUGCCCAGUUGCAGGAAAUUCCUCAUGAGUAUCAUCAAAACAGCAUUGGUAGUUCUGAAAGUGUGAUAAUUGAAUCACUGGAACAAGGACCAGCUUUGCAGCUACCUCAGACAACACCAGUAUUUAUCCACCAAAGGUUCCAGAAUCCUUGGGAGAUUGCUCAGCAACAGGCAGAGCCAUGCAUUUGGGCAAAAGAAUUCUUGACCCCUGCAGGUUCAGGUGUUGUUGAUGAAAGUGCUGUAUCUGUGGCCUACACUUACGGAGACACAAUUCCCAAGCCAGUUUUCCAUAACAUGUUUGAUUCUUUCUCUGCUGUCGGUUACCAAGUUGCUUUACCAUUAGACUCCAGUGUUAUAGUCAGUCGGGAGUAUCAUAAACCAGAAAUGAGCGAGGACAAAGGCGGACCCUGUGGGACACACCUUGCUCAUGCAUCCCACUCAUCCCAUGGUCAACUGUCUCAUCAUUUAGCUUCCAGCAUCACAACUCAACAUCAUCUUCAGCACCACAUGCAGGUAACACAGCCACAGUCUUUUCACCACCUACAACCAUCGCAAGUACAACAGCAAUCUCAGAUGAAUCUCUCUUUGCCUUCCACCUCUCCUGUGACAUUAGACGAUGACCCAGAACAACAGCAGCAGGUCAUGGAGGCCUUGAAGAUCAUGAGCUCCUUUGCCCAGAAGAAAUGCCUGGGAGACCAGGUUCAAGCAGCUCUCCGAACAAUUGAAAUGUCCAUGAAAGGCUCCCCAAGAAAGGCAUCGACAAGGCAUACAUAUACAGCAAUAUGA